AUGAUAAUCCUGUCUUUCCACUUGGCUGGGAUGCAGCCACAGGCGGAAUGGUGUCUGGUCCAGUCUGCGCGGAGGCUGAGCCAGAUGUAUGGACUUCUGUGUGAGAGUUUGCAUGAUUUCAUCAAGGAGUCGUACGGGGACGAUGUGUGGAAGCUGGUCCGGGAACGGGCUGAUGUCCGGCUCCACUCCUUCGUAACCCACCAGUCUUUCUGGGGUAAAACAACACGUUGCGUUUAUAUCAUGUGGACUGUUAUGAUUUUUAACAAAAAUUCUCAUUGUGAAGACUUGCUCCAUCCUGAUUUAUUAAAUGAGAAAAGUCGUGGGCUGAUUGCUACCCUUAACCUCAGCUUUGUGAGCAAGCGGAAGGGAUACUUGCACUACGCCAUGGGACAGCUCAGGCAAAUGGUGAAGCAGUUCUACCAAACCGAUAUCCUCGUCUCCAAACAGUCCAUCCAGCGCAUUCUUUGCUGCGUGUUAUACUCCUUCCCCCUCUUCCUCAUCGUCUGUGCAAACGUUCAAUCCCAUAUCAUCAACGCCAUCGUUUAUAAUGAAAUUGUGAUCCCCCGAAUAGCAAGAGCUGCUAGUGGAGUGACUGGGACCCCCUACAAUGAGCUGAUGAAUGCCUGGGGUGUUUACUUCUUGGGCUUUGUGGGGAAAUAUGGAUAUGAUCAAAUCUUAAAGGUAUUGGGCCGUCACGUGCGUGACUUUGUGAAUGGACUGGACAACCUGCACGAAUAUCUGCGGUUCAGCUACCCCAAGGUGCAGCCCCCAACAUUUUUCUGCCAGGAAGAGUCUGCUACUGGUGUCACCCUUCACUACAGGAGCAAGCGGAAGGGAUACUUGCACUACGCCAUGGGACAGCUCAGGCAAAUGGGGAAGCAGUUCUACCAAACCGAUAUCCUCGUGGAAGUAUUGUCUGAGCAGUUGGUUGGCGAUUACUCUCACGUUACCAUGAGGUUGAACUUUGAUAACUCUGCAUAUCGCUACAUUCAGAAGGAGGACACAGAGCGACAGGAGAUCCUGCCAAUCACCAGUGACUUCUUCUUUGAUGUUUUUCCCUUUAACAUUGUCUUCAGACAGGACAUGGUCGUUCACAACGUUGGCUCAGGGUUGGGAACAGUGUUCCCAGAUGUGGAUGGGAAGAAGAUUAAUGAUGCUUUUUUGCUGGCAAGACCUUUGGUAGAAUUUACUUGGAAUAUGAUCAUUUCACAUCCCAACAAUCUGUUUGAAAUCAUGUCAAAGGAACCAGUGAAGAGAGAACGGAAUUUACACAACAGAAUCCAGAACACAGACUACGAGAGCACUAAUCGAACUGCCGACGUCAAUGUGGAGCUCAUGGCAUUUCAAUCCAUUGUAGAUGAUGAUCACAAAGAUGGAAACUGUGCAAAUGGAAUGGAAAGUUGGGGGGACGGCACCCGAUGCCUGAAACUGAAGGGACAGAUGAGAUACAUGCCAGAGUGGGAGUCAAUCAUUUUCCUGGGAACUCCAGUGAUGGAGAGCCUUGGAGCAAUGUUUAAGACGGGUUUGUACAUCAAUGACCUUAGUAUGCACGACUCCAGCCGUGACCUGGUGCUGGCUGGUACCCAGCAAUCUGAGGAGCUAAAACGAGCACUAAUCCAGGAGCAGAAGAAGUCCAGCAAGUUGGAGGAGAGCAUGAAGAUGCUAGAUUACGAGAUGAAGAAGACAGAUGAUCUUUUGUAUCGGAUGAUUCCAAAGCCAGUGGCUAAGAGCCUGAGAAAAGGAGAGCCUUCUGUCAACACCUGUGAGGUUUUCCCAGAUGUGACUCUCCUUUUCAGUGAUGUGGUGGGAUUUACUCGGAUCUGCAGCCAUAUAACCCCGAUGCAGGUGGUGUCCAUGUUGAACACCAUGUAUACAGUAUUCGACACACUUAGUGAGAAGCACCAAGUCUUUAAGGUGGGUGUUUAG